AUGUCCGCCGUCCUCACCAUGCAAAUCGUCCACGCUCUAUUCCCUUCUCUCGGAAACACAUCAUCACAAACAAACAAGGCAGACACAAUUGUCCCCUCAAUUCGCGUACAACCUGCCGAAGAUCUCGAGCUACGACCACUUUUGCGCACGUUGAGUCACCGCCGAUCAUCGAGCAGGAGAAGUUCGAAUGACGCAACUAUGCUUCCACGCGUUGGGCUCGCCCUUAUCGGGCGGAGAUCGAUCACCGUAGCGGAUGUCAUCAGUUGUGGAAAUACACGAGAUUCAUCGUCGGAAGUCAAUGGAAAGGCCAUCGAUCAAAAACUUAACGAAUUACGGUACAACUUUCAAUUGUUGGGAGAGGCUGGAACACAGAGCGCAAAGCGAGGGAACAAGCAAUUCGCCGUGGUCUUCUGUACUUUAGAGAAUGUACACUGCCGACUGUUCAGGACCAGAGACUAA